GCAAAAGCAGUGCUCAAAUUUGUUGAAGCAAUAUCUGAGAAGACUCUGCGCAGCACAGUGUCACUUACAGCUGCUCGUGGUCGAGGGAAGUCUGCCGCACUGGGCCUAGCCAUUGCUGCUGCAGUGGGCUUUGGGUACUCCAAUAUUUUUGUCACCUCCCCCUCACCAGAGAACUUGAAAACAGUAUUUGAGUUUGUAUUUAAAGGAUUUGACAGUUUAGAAUAUCAGGAGCAUCUAGACUAUGAGUUGGUGCAGUCCACCAAUCCAGAGUUCAACAAUGCUAUAGUUAGAGUGAACAUUUUCAGAGAGCACAGGCAGACCAUACAGUAUAUUCACCCUGGAGAUGCACACAAGCUGGGUCAAGCAGAACUGGUCUGUAUAGAUGAGGCAGCAGCCAUUCCAUUACCUCUGGUGAAAAAUCUUCUUGGUCCAUAUCUUGUCUUCAUGGCUUCAACAGUAAAUGGUUAUGAAGGCACUGGAAGGUCUUUGUCCCUGAAGCUAUUGCAGCAAUUAAGGCAACAAAAUGUGACAUUUGGGAAGCAGGCAACCGAUCAACAGAAAGGGGCACCUGGCGGGCUGGCUUCUGCCACAGGUCGCAUACUGCAUGAGAUAUCGCUGAUGGAGUCUAUACGCUAUGGAGAUGGGGAUGCUGUAGAGCAGUGGUUGAAUGAAGUUCUCUGUCUGGAUGCUUCCAAUGUUCAGAGGAUCUCGUCUGGGUGCCCUGUCCCUGAGAAUUGUGAUUUGUACUAUGUGAACAGGGACACUUUGUUUUCCUAUCACAAAGCCUCUGAGGCUUUCUUACAGAGAAUCAUGGGGCUAUAUGUUGCUUCUCACUACAAGAAUACUCCCAAUGACCUUCAGAUGUUGUCAGAUGCUCCAGCGCACCACAUCUUUGUUCUCCUGGGACCAGUAGACCCCACACAGAACACACUGCCAGAAGUGCUCUGUGUCCUACAGGUGUGUCUGGAAGGUGAGAUCUCUAAAUCUAACAUAAUGAACAGUCUCUCCAGAGGCAAGAGAGCAUCAGGGGAUCUUAUUCCAUGGACUAUCUCUCAGCAGUUUCAAGAUCACGACUUCCCCCAGCUGUCAGGAGGCAGAGUGGUGAGGAUAGCCACCCACCCAGAUUAUCAGGGGAUGGGAUAUGGGACUCGUGCCUUGGAAAUUCUGCAACAUUAUUAUGAGGGCAAGAUACCCAGUUUAGUGGAAGAUGCUGUUGUGGAAGAAGCUGUUCCUACUGUUAGCAAAGACGCUGUGGGUCUUCUUGAGGAGAGGAUUGCACCCCGAAAAAACCUCCCACCACUGUUACUGAAGCUCAGUGAGAGACCUGCAGAAAAGCUGGACUAUCUUGGAGUGUCGUUUGGGUUGACUGCAGGACUCCUGAAGUUCUGGAAGCGUUCUGGUUUUAUCCCUGUUUACCUUAGGCAAACACCAAAUGAUUUAACAGGGGAGCACUCGUGUAUUAUGUUGAAGGUUUUGAAUGAAGGAGAGAAGACAAACCAGGAAGAGGAGUCCUGGUUGAUGGCAUUCUGGAAAG